UCCAGUCCAAAAGAUCCAACUACUCGUUUGGUAUCCCCCAUCGCCAAAAAACUACUGUACUAUCCAUCUCCAUUCCCUCAGCGUCAAUGGUAGGCCAGGACGUCGCCGACGCCGUGAAGGACCAGGCCGCGCUCUGCCUGCUCCUCCUCCGCCACCUCGGAAGCCUCGACGAGGGAAUGCCCACCACCAACCUCGCCUUCUCACCGAUCUCCUUCCACGCAGUGCUCUCCCUGCUGGCCGCGGGCGCCUCCGGCGCCACGCGCGACCAGAUCGUCACCUUCCUCGGCCCCGCUGGCGCAGAGGCACACGCCGCGCUCGCUUCCAUGGUUGCAUCCUUCGUCCUCGCCGGCCGGGGUUUGGCCCAGUCCCACGGAGCCACCGGCGUCUGGGUCGACGCCUCCCUACGCCUCAAUCCUACGUUCGCCAACACGGCCGCCGCUGUUUACCAGGCCGACGCGCGAUCGGUGGACUUCAGCAACAGGCCCCGGGAGGCGACGGCGGAGAUUAAUGAGUGGUUCGAGAGCAAAACACGCGGCCUCACCAAGAACAUCCUCUCAGAGCACGAUUGCGACGGCUCCACGUCGCUUGUCGUCGGCAACUCGGUCUUCUUCAGCGGCCACUGGAACGCCCCCUUCUUCCCGGAGGCCACCGAGGAAGGCCCCUUCUACGUCAACGCGUCGCCGGAGCACACCGUCCGUGUGCCGUUCAUGAAGGGGAGCCCGUUUCAGCAGGUCGGCGUCCACCCCGGCUUCAAGGUCCUGCGCAUGCCUUAUCGUGGUGACGGCGGCGACGGCGAGCCGUUGUUCGCCAUGUACAUCUACCUCCCCGACAACCUGGACGGCCUGCCCGCGCUCGCGCGAAGGAUCAGCGCCAGCCCCGAUGCGCUCCUGCACAGGUCGGUCGUGCCGGAGCAGGUCGUGCCGUUGGGCAAGCUCAGGAUCCCCAAGUUCGAGGUGACGCUGAGGGUGGAGGCGUCCCAGAUGCUGCGUAAUCUGGGGCUGGAGCUGCCGUUCCGUCGCUCCGGCGACUCAUUCUCGGAGAUGCUGAGCCCGCCGGCGGCUCCGGUGGCCGUGUCCUCCGUGGUCCACCAUUGCGUCGUAAAAGUGGACGAGAGGGGGACCGUGGCCGCCGCAGGCACCGUGGCGAUGUCCGCGGGGUUUGGCAUGGUACGUGAUCGCCCUGUGGACUUUGUGGCAGAUCAUCCCUUCGCCUUCUUCCUCAUGGAGGAUGUCGGUGGCGUGGUGAUAUUCGCAGGCCAUGUCAUCAACCCUUUGCCACUGAUGGAUGGAUUACCAGCUCUGCUCUGAUAGUAACUGAAUUAUUUGUAUCCUUGUUGGUGUAACGGCGGAAUCAAUUUGAUCUUGAUUUGUACUCUUAACAGUGGGAAGGGAUUACUAGUUCAGGAAUCCCGUUGCUGCACAGACCGGCUCUCCAUCUCUUCCAUUCAUAUAUAACCAGGAAAUAAUCUACAUA